AAGUCUGUCAAGUUGAGGUCAAAUUACAGUUGUGGUUCUGAAUUACAGAAUCAUUUUCUGUGUUAGUUAAUGUAACAAACAUUCCUUUGUAAACAUUCUCGUUAUAUUUAAAACAAAAUCAAUGGAGUAAAUAAUAAUUAUAACCAUUUAUGUAAUAAAUAGAAACAAAACUAAUUAUUGUUUGCAUAAAGUGCUGUUCAAAAAAUAUUUCAUUAUUUCUUGGGAAUAUCAACCGAUGACACAAAAAAAGAUAUUAUUUUCUAUUCACACGAGACACCAUUGGAAUCAACAGUGACCUAACCUUCAACUUUAAAUUCGUUUCUAUAAAAAUACGCCAUGGAUAUGGACGAGCAGACAUAUUGUGGUAACGCCUCUGCCUCUGAUAUGCCUCCAAUCUCUGACGCCGCAUACGACGGCAUCAUUGGCUGUGGAUCAAACGAGAUAGGGGAUAUGACAUUCUGUAUGGGCAACUACAUCACUGACUUCAUGAAGAUGAUGUUCACAAUGAGAUCACAUCAUAUGCUGACUGACGUCGUUUUAGAAGUUGGUAACGAGUUAUUUCACGUCCAUAAAGUGGUGUUAGCAGCGGGCAGUCCAUACUUCAAGGCCAUGUUCACGAGUGGUUUGAAAGAGAGUGAGAUGUCACGCGUCCGAUUGCAGGGUGUGUGUCCGUCGGCGAUGGCGUGGCUUGUGUACUUUAUGUACACAGGGAAAAUUCGCAUCACUGAAGUAACCGUAUGCCAGCUCCUGCCCGCGGCGACCAUGUUCCAGAUAUCGAAUGUGAUCGAAGCAUGCUGCGCUUUCUUAGAGCGGCAGUUGGACCCCAGCAACGCAAUCGGCAUUGCAAACUUCGCUGAGCAACACGGCUGUUCAGAGCUCAAGCAAAAGGCGAACCAGUUCAUCGAACGACAUUUCACUCAGGUGUGCAAAGAAGAGGAAUUCUUACAGCUAACCACAGCAGAACUCAUAGAUUUAAUUAGGAAAGACGAACUCAACGUUAGGGAAGAGAGAGAUGUGUAUAAUGCAGUUAUAUCAUGGGUGAAGCAUGACGAAGAAAGAAGGCACUCACGCAUGGAGCAUAUACUGCAGGAAGUACGGUGCCAGUUCCUCACGCCACGGUUCCUUACAGAGCAGAUGAAUACGUGCGCUGUACUAAAGAAAGUCCCCGCCUGUAGAGAGUAUCUAGCUAAAAUUUUCCAGGAUCUGACAUUACAUAAGAAACCGGUGGUAAGGGAGCGGCGACCUAACACCCCCCGCAUGAUAUACGUGGCGGGGGGCUACUUACGUCACUCGAUAGGACUAUUCGAAGCGUUUAAUGUGGACGAUGCUGCUUGGAGCUCUUUGCCUCCGCUCACCGUGCCUCGAUCCGGUCUAGGCGCUGCCUUCCUUAAGGGUUUAUUUUACGCGGUGGGCGGUAGGAACACUUCGCCGGGAUCAUCGUAUGAUAGCGACUGGGUGGACGUGUACAACCCUGCAAACGAGUUGUGGCGGCCCUGCAGUCCAAUGUCCACGCCCAGACACAGGGUAGGGGUCGCUGUGAUGGACGGUUUGUUAUAUGCCGUCGGCGGUUCAUCGGGUUCUGAAUAUCACAAGUCUGUGGAAUGUUACGACCCUGAGCGGGACACGUGGUCCAGUGUCGCGUCGAUGGGUUCCGCCCGGCUGGGCGUGGGCGUGGCGGUGGUGAACCGGCUGCUGUACGCGGUGGGCGGGUUCGACGGCGCGCGCCGGCUCGCCACCCUCGAGUGCUACCACCCCGAGGACGACCGGUGGAGCGCGCGCGCCAGCAUGCACCACGCGCGCAGCGGCGCCGUGUUUAAAGUUAAGAGGGGUAACGAUUGUUUUGAUGAUGUAAAUGAUGCUCUCGAUAAAGUUCUACGGUGGUCUGAUAAUAAUAAUUUAAAGCUAAAUUCAAAUAAAAUGAAACGCGUAAAGUUUGCAUUACCUAAUGUGAGGCGUGUUAGUACACAUAUAAAUGUAAAUAGUGAAAAAGUUGAGUUGGUGGAAUCGACAAAGUUCCUUGGCGUAGCAGCGUUGAACCAGUACAUCUACGUAGUGGGCGGCUACGACGGCACGCAACAACUGGCGUCCGUAGAGCGUUACGACACCGAGCGUGACGUAUGGGAGCAUGUAGCACCCAUCGCUACGGCGCGCUCCGCACUAUCUCUCACGGUGCUAGACAACAAGCUCUACGCUCUAGGCGGAUACGACGGCACAUCGUUCCUGGACAUAGUGGAGGUGUACGAUAAGGCGACGGACACAUGGUUCGCGGGCACCCAGCUGCCGUCCGCCCGCUCCGGGCACGCGGCCGCGGUGUGCUACACGCACCUGCCCGCCGCUGACACUGCGCCCCCGCCCGCCGCCCCUUCGCCCGCUCGCCUCGCGCGUCGCUCCGCUGCUGUCAACGCCACCGCCUCAGCCGCCGUGCCCCCCAGACGCCAUAGCGACGAUAUCCCCACCGUCAACAACAUCAUCGGCACCAUCGCUCAUAACGCGCGCACGUAACACGCCUGCUCCCGCUGCCCGCGGACUGUCAGUGAUGGAAACUGCCAGUGAAAGAUAGUGUCAGUGACAAAAAUAUUUGUGAAAGUGCUUUUGUGGUGAAAUUAAAAAUCUCAGAAAAAUGACCAUCCUCGGGUAACUUGAAAAAAUGAUUUUUUCUGUUUUUGUAUAUAUUAUUAUAUUGAUUCCAAUGAUAUCACAAGUUUAACAUCCCACCUUAAUGGCGAAGUGAGGACUAAUAUUUUUGCCUGGGUAUGGCUAAAAGAAAAGAUUGGACCGUGCGGUAUGCAAAUACAUUGAAGAAUGAGGAAACGGUAAAAGGUAAUAAUAAAAGAAACCAAAGUGGCUCAUCUUUUUCUCAAUUAUAAUUAUUAAAAAAGAUUAUAAUUACAACAACAAAUGGAAAAUUUAUCUCUAAUAACUUUGUUAAUUUUUUCUAUGAAGGGAAUUGCGUAAAUCCAGUUUUCGGCUGUGAGUUCUGUCUCAGAAUUUCCUUAGAUACAUGAUGUGGUUUACUCAUUUUGAACUACAGCUUAUUUGAAUAUAAUUUCUUUAUACAAAACCGUUUGAAAGUUAGUGAAUUUGUUGCCCUCGAAAUGACACAACCUAUUCAACGUUGUAAGCACCAGUGUGCCAAUUUUAUUCCUAUAAAAUAAGUAAUUGGAUUUAGUGCCAAAACUAAAAAAAUGGUUAUAAAUUGGUAAAUAAUGGAACAACCAUAUGAUGAUUUAUAAUUUGUGAAUGUUACGUUACAACCAGAUUUGUUAUUGUGUGUGUGUUAAAAUUGUAUUAUUAAUAUUAUUAUGUAAAGAAGUGGUAUAGCCAUAUAUUUACAGAUUGAUAAUUUUAAAUAAAUAUGCUGUGUCCGUGUCAGUCUGAUUCAAAACUGUAAAACAUAAUGAAAGUAAUUGCAUUUAUCAUAGCAACAGGUUUAUAACUGGUUAUCUAAUAUUCAGAUCAAUCAUUCCUUAGUAACACAGUUAGAUGCGCGACGAAUUGCGAUAAUUUCUUAAUACAUGUUGGCGCUGAAAAUUAUUUCUUUCCAAAAUAAUCCAUGAUGACACUAAGUUAACUUCAAUAGUUCAAUAUGUUUACAUUUUUGUUAAAUUGUGUUGACACAGAGCGCUAUUGGUUCCUUAAAACCGCCAUACUUUUCAGGUAAUGAACCUGAUCAAUAAAUUCCUUUAUGUUUAGUACUGAUAGGUUAGAUUGAGUGUGAAUUUCUGUGUAAAUUGAAUAUGUCAAACACUCUUAUAAUACUGUAACUGUUUAUAAAUUAAUGUUGGACUUUACCUUUAAAUUGUAAGGAAUUGGUAUUAACGAUUAGGUGAAUAGGCUUUUCCAUCUAUGUUUUGACUGAGUUAUGGUCAUAGUAACUCGGCUCGGUCACAAGCUAUGCGGAAUACACGUUUCUUACAAUUUAUUGCAAUGCAACUUAAACCUUUAUAAGUCUACCUUAAAAUCUAAAUUAAUUGGAUACUUGUCAUUGUAUGAUAGCUUGAUGAGACGCUGUGUGUAUAUAAUAAUGUAGUUUUCAAUAGAUUUAAAUGUUUAAAUCAUUAGAAAUCUUUAUAUAAGAAUUGUCUCUUUAUUAAUCAUUAUUAUUGUAAUGAAUAUUGUAUAUAAUUUGUUAUUUGUAAGGACAACAAAGACUGUUAUGGGAAUA